AUGUCACAAUCAAAUGGAUCUACAACUAUAACAACCACCACUACUCAAAGCACAGUCACAAAACCAAAAAGACAAAGGAAUAGAACUCCAAAAAGUUGUUUACAAUGUUCGAAAAGAAAAAUAUAUUGUUCGAAAGAAAGACCAGCAUGUAGUAAUUGUGUGAAAUAUGCAGUAGGACAUUUAUGUUCAUACACAUUACCUCCUUGGGCUGAUGCCAAUAAUAAAGAGAAUAAUUCCGCGUCACAACAACAACCACAACCACCACAACAAUGUCCUAUGAAUCAAAAUCAACAAACUACAACCAUCAAAGUACAACAAACAAGUGAAUAUAAACAAUUAAAACAAGAAAAUGAGAAAAUUAUUCAAUCACAAAGAAAAGAAAUAGAUGAUUUGAAAAGACAACUAUCUGUAUUGCAACAAUUAUCACCUAGAGAACCUAUCAAUCAGCAACAAAGUAUUGCAUCCAUUGGAUGUACUACUAUCACAAUAUUAAACAAAAUCAGUCCUUUAGCUAGUACAUAUUUAAGUAGUAGAAUCGAAAUGUUGAAUGAUUAUUCAUUAAAGAUUAUUUUCAAUUCAAAUAUGUCAAAUAAGUCUACUUAUAUUGAUACUUAUUCAUGGAUUAAUUUGAUAAAACUUGAUCCUCAAUUAACCACUUUAUGGUAUAAAAUUACAAAUUUACAAAAAAUGUAUCAUGUUUAUAAAAUGAAUAUACUAAAAGAUAAAAACAUAAAUCAAAAUCAUAAUAUUAAUAAACAACGACAACAAUCAGAAUUAGAACAAGUAUGUGAAAGACCAAAGAAAAAAGCGAAAAAGUCAAAUUAUAAAAUAAACGAAGUGGAUUUUACAUAUUCAUUACAACCAUCAGCGAAUCUAAAAGAAUCAUCUACACCACCGACAAACGAAGAGCACAGAUGUCCAGUAAUUGAAUGUGAUUUCAAUUUCAUGACAGAAGAACAAAAUUUAAAUACUCCUAGCCCAUUCAGAGCAUCACCAUCAACACAAAUUGUAAAAUCAGAAGCAGCAGCUGCAACUCCAGAAAUUGACCAGAAAUCACGUAUUUCAUACACCGAUAGUUUAAAUCAAAAAAUUUUAACUUUAUGGAAUUCAUUAAUAAAUUUACCAAGAGGAGAAUCUAAAUUAAACAUUCAACAAAUUCAUUUUUUAUUAGAUUAUUAUUAUAAUAAAAAGAUUGAAAGUAGAGAAAUAUUAUCAUUUUAUAGGUUUGACAUUCAAGCAGUUUUUAAAAAGACAUUUAAUGAUGAAGUUGAAUUGAAUCUACCACAACAGAAUAAAGAACCUAAUUACAAGUCUAAGCUUAAGUCAUUAGGGAUAUUUCUUUGUAUGUUAGCUGUUAUUAUUGAAGAAACUUUAUCAGAAGUUAAAGAAAUUGUUAAACAAGGUAUUGAAAAAGAUCUUUGUUUACAAUUUGAAGAAAUUUUUCCAAAUGAAAUGACAUUAUUAGGAUUAGGAGUUAAACAAAAUAAUUUACUUUAUAUUGUUCAAGAAAUUUUAAUUAAUUUUGAAAAUGAAGAAAAUCUGAAUGAAGAAGAUAGAUCACUUUCAUAUUGUGCUGUGAUUGUAAGUUUAUUAAAUAGAGAAAUUGAUGAUUAUAAAAAACCUGGUUCAAGUAUUUCUGAUACUAAAAAUUCAUUUACUUCAAUAUUCACUAAUUUUUUACAUAUUUUAUUAGAUAGUCCCCUUGAAAUUUGGAAAGAUCCUGAAUUAGUUGAAUUAAAAUCUCAAUAUAAAAAAAGAAAAAAAGAUUUGAAAUUACAUUUUUGUUACCUUUGGACAAAUAUUAUUAGAUUAACUAAUUUAGUAAUGUUAAAUUUUGUUCCAUUUGUUAAACAUUCAGAAUAUUUAGAUGGUUUAUUACAUCGAAUGUAUAUAAAAAUAGAACAAGUUGAUUCUUUACAAUAUCAUUUAAUGUAUUUAACAAAAGUUGAAGAAAAUGAUUUAAUUGUAAUGUUACAUGUUCAUUAUCUUAUUGGAAAUAUAUCAUGUGCUUUACAUCAAGGAAUAUUAAAUCUAGGUACAAAUAAAUUAACUGUUCAUAAUUUACAACUUUUGAUAAAGCAAUGUCAAACUUGGAUAUCUGAUGCUGGAGUUCAAAGAUUGAUUGAAAUUAGAAAAUUUGAGGUUUUAAUAAUUUUAGAUUAUUUAUCAUAUUUUAUGACUUAUAUUUCAAUGCUUCAAGGUGAAGAACUUAAUGAUAAAGUAUUGAUUGGUAGUGUUGUUCCAGAAAUUUUCACUAAAUUAUUAACUUUGAUAAAACAAUUGAAAGUAAACCCUAAUAGGCAUUCUCAAUAUAUGUAUUCCAUUGUCACUGAAGUAUUGACAAGACUGAUUCAAUUUGUUGUUGGUUUAAUAUCAAGAGUUAGAGAGGAUAAUAAACAACAAGAUCCUUCUUUGUUGAAACAGGUUAGCGGAAAUGUUAUGUUGAACAAUAGAUUAGUUACUCCAAUAGAAUUUAUGAAUCAUGUAACAAAUGAAGUCAAUGAAAUUAUUGCAUUUUUAACGAAUGUUUUAAUCAAUAAGGAAAGGUUAUUCAAAUUAACCAAAUUAUGGAAAUUUUAUAUCACUUUAACAAAAGAUUUGAGUUAUGCUAAUAUUCAUGCAAGUUUACCUGAAUUUAAAAAUAAUACAUCUACUGCUGUUUGUCCGGUUUUAUCAUCUGAAUCACUGUCAUCAGAGGGACUUAUCAACAACUUUACGAAAGAGUCAUCAUCGAAUCCACUGUCUUUACCUAAAAUGACUUGUCCCGUGAUGCAUAAUAACUUACCAUUGUCAUCAACAUCUACUAUGUCACAAAAUACUCCAAACACUGUAGUAUCAUCAAUUUCAAAAAAUUCAAAAUGUCCAAUAUCUCAUAUAACUACUCCAAUGAAUAAUGAUGAAGAAAUUAAAUUAUCAAAUUUCCCACCAGCACUUCAACCUUUUAAUCAUCAUAAAGGAUCAAUCCAUUCACAAAGUCCAUUAUCACCAUCAUCAUCAUCAAAUCACAAAAAGGUUAAAAAAUGUCCUUUUGACCAUACUGCAAUGAUGAGACCUAAUUUAUAUCCAAAUCAUAUAGAAUCUAGUAUACGAGGGAACAAUUUUAAUCAAGAUUAUAACUCAAAAACGCAUAGUCCAAGUCCAUUAAGUAAUAGCUAUGCUAAUACUCCUCCAAUUUUACCACCUCAACCACUACAAAGUAUAAAUAAAAAUUUGAAUUCAGCAACAGUGAUGAAUACACCCCCAAUUAUGAACCCAAUUAAUCAACCACAACCAACAAAUAAUUUAACAAAUGAUUCACUCUUAACAUCAUCAUCUAAUAUUAAUUUGAAUUUUGAUGAUAAUUUAGAUGUAUUAAAUCAAUUUAAUGAAUUUGAUUUUGAUUUUUUAAAUCAAGAAAAUUUUAUUGAACAUUUUAAUAAUAUAAAUGGAGAUUUUGGAUUUAAUUCAAAUUUUAUAGGACAAAAUUUAAAUAGUAAUGGUGGUUCAAAUGAUGGAUUCGAUACUUCUGGGGGUAUUAAUAAUAUUGAAGGGUACUUUCAAUAA